ACAUCAAAGUCCUCCAUUUCUGGCCCGAGUUUGCCGCCAAAUCAAGCAAUCCCACUUGAAAAAUCCCAGUAAAGAUACAUAUUCACCUGUUUGGUGAAACAGCAAAAUCACAAUAUCCCUAUCAGAUUCGUUAAUAUAUUACAGUAGCAAGAUUGAAUAUGGCGAGGAGGCGGUUAUUGCUGCUUUUGAAGCCGUUAGAUGUGUACCCUUCUCACCAAUCAGACAAGCUCUCUCGCUUUACCAGCCCCAAAAUGACACAGGUCAUAAAUUAUCUAGACAAUAGGCGCACAGUUCACAGUAAUGCGAUAAACUUCUGUCAGAAUAUUUUGAAGAAAAAGUUUGUUGAUUGGGACACUGUUUAUAGGAGCAAUCUAUCUCAGCCAAUCCGUGAUGUAGAUCUGGUUGUCACUAUAGGAGGUGAUGGUACAUUGUUGCAGGCAAGCCAUUUCAUGGAUAAUUCAAUCCCAAUUCUCGGCAUAAAUUCAGACCCCACUAAAGCUGAAGAGGUGGAAGAACACAGUGAAGAUUUUGAUGCUACAAGGAGCACAGGCCAUCUAUGUGCAGCAACCAUUAAAAAUUUUGAACAGAUGUUGGAUGACAUCCUUGAGAAUCGGGCUGUACCUUCUGAAGUUGCAAGGAUGUCCAUAAAUGUCAACUCUAAACAGCUUUCAAUUUUUCCUCUUAAUGACGUUUUAAUUGCACAUCCAUGUCCUGCAACAGUCUCAAGAUUCUCAUUCAGAAUCUGGAGAGAAGGGGAGCAAUGUUCUCCUUUGCUGAACAGCCGAUCAAGUGGUCUGAGAGUGUCAACAGCUGCUGGAUCAACAGCUGCAAUGCUUUCUGCUGGUGGAUUUCGAAUGCCCAUUUUGUCUAGGGAUCUCCAAUACUUGGUGAGAGAGCCAAUAUCUCCUGGAGCCAACUCCAGUGUGCAUGGAGUUGUAAAGUCCAAUGAAUCUAUGGAAAUCAAAUGGUUUUCUGAAGAAGGGCUAAUCUACAUCGAUGGUUCCCACGUUGUGUUUUCUGUUCAAUUUGGGGACAUGAUUGAACUAUCUCCCAAGGCUCCAUCACUAAAUGUCUUUUUGCCUUCGCACUUCCUAUCAUAAAUUAUCCAUGAAUUUUCUGGGUAUAUUUGUACAAAAGAAAUAGACAUU